GUGGAGGCGAUAGAGAUGUCCCCGCUAGUAGGAUUUUGUACCCGCUAUCUGGAAAUUCGCAAGUCGAGGUUAGAAUUAAUAACUUGGAAUUGCGCCAUGUAUUUUCGCACAAUUUGCAUAUUAAGUUUAAUGGCCAUGGUGUUAGCCGCGGACCAACCGAUCGCCAUCGUCAGACAGAACCAAGACAUCAGCCCGGAUGGUAGUUUUCACUCGAAAUGGGAAAGCGCUAAUGGCAUCAUUUUCGAGGAGGAGGGUGUCCUGAAGAAUCGCGGGCAGAAAGAUGCGGAAGCCGAGGAAGUUCAUGGAUCAGCCUCGUGGACGGCUCCAGAUGGAACGAGGAUUAACGUUGACUGGUUGGCCAACGAAAAUGGCGCCACUUUUCAAGGGGCGCAUCUGCCAACUCCACCACCCACGCAACCGGUGCCAGUCCUCAUUCAACGCGCUCUUGACUGGAUAGCUGCUAAUCCAGAAAAGAAUAGAUUGUAGUUUUCAAUGUUUCAUCUUUAUGACGUGAAAAAAUCAGUUGAGAGUUCGUAUUUCUUCUUUUGGGAAAGUUUAUUUACUCGAAAGAAGAAAUUGAAGUGAAAAAAUUUUAUCGAAAUAUCAUUGUCGUGU